AUGUCUACUGGCUCCACAAGCUAUCGACACAAGGCAUCGUCAGCAGCAGUUUCCGGUGACCAUUCGUUAGGAGGCUCAAAGAUCGGCCAAGAAAGUAACACCGAGGGCAAUUUUACGAUGACGGCAGGCCCUAUAAACAUGGUUUCAGGGUCUUCGGUCUCCUACACCGUUCCAAGCUAUGCUGUUGCCUACUUCGUUUCCAAUCUCUUUCAGCUGAAAAGGGCACCUCGACGCGCAACAGGCAUCUCGAUGCGACGGUAUCGCAAAGGCGAACAAGCUAGAUAG